UUAAUAUUUUGACAUUAUUUUUUUGAUUUAUUAUUCUUUACUACUAUCAUUGUUCUUGGAUGUGGAACGUGCCAGGGUUUUUUUUUUUUUUGCCCUUUUUGUUUUGGUUUAAUCGUUUUCAUCUUUUUAAUUUGGAAAAAAUAAGGAAUUUUUGUCCCUCAUUUCUCUGGUUCAGAUUUCUGAAAUUGCUGGAAUUGGAGAAACAUGUUUUAGGGUGUGAAUUGCAUUUUCCUCUACCCUUCUUAAAUGUUAAGUGUCCUUGUGUCUGACUUUUGUUCUUUUCUUGGAGGGGUGUUGAAUUGUUGAAACAGUGGUGUUCAGGUUUAUGGCUUGUAAAUCAUUUUGUCCAUUUCCUGGCCAUUUGGUAGAUUGCUUGCAUUAUACUUGUAUAACAUCAAGAAAUCAUAGUCUUUUUUCUCAUGAGUUUACUUUAUCAAUAGGUUUUGGAAUUACUGGAGUUUAAACUUUGUUUGUUCCAUAUCCAUUGCUACAUAUAGACUGGAGAUCAGUGGAUCUAAAUAAGUUUAAGCAUUGCCUCAUUCAUAGUUAAAGGAGAUGCCAUUGCUUGUUUUUGACAUGCCUCUGUUUCUGUCUUUUCUUGUUUGACAAAAUCUCUUGUUGAACUUGAUGAAGUUCCACUUUUUGAAUCUAACAUUGUAACUUAACUCUAAAUCCAAGUUUUUUUUCCUUUUCAGGUGGAUUUUAUAUUAAUAUACGAAUUAGUUAAUGACUUAUCACUGCUGCAUAUUAUGCCUGAAUCCACUUUAUUCCCAACUAUGUUACGCAAAUGGUGAACUAGUUUUCUCAAGUCAGGAAGUGGGCAUAGGGGGUUUUAGUUUUCAUAUCCUUGAAUCUUUCUGAUUGUUGAAUACGUUUGUUUGCUGCAGUGUCUAUGUUGUUCAAGCCUGUCAGUUAAUUUUGCUUAAUGAAUUCACUUUUCAAUGAAUGCCUAAGACAUGGUGUCGGAGACGAGAUUGGACUAUGGUUUCAGUGGCUACAAGGUGCCUGUGUUUCCUCAAGCUUCUAGAUCAGCAAGGGGUAGGGUGCCAAUUAGGAAGAAGGGUGGGAACAGUCAGAAACAUGCAUUUGAAAUUUUGGCUAGUGUAGCUGGUGAACUCUUGCAGGAAAGUAAAAUUUUUGUGCCUCCUAAUUGUAAAGAGGAUCAGCAAAAUACUCCUAAAAAUAUUGUUUUGAAGGAACGGGAUGAGGGGCAAUUGUCAAAGUGCAACCAUUCUGUUCAGGAAACUCAUGAUGAGAAAACCUUUAUUCAAGGUUACCAUCAAAUCUAUACAUUGAAUAAGUUUUCACAUUCCCAGGAUCGGUUUAAUUUGAAAGCAUGUUCAAGUAUAAAGAGCUUUGAUCAGUCAGAGAAGUUAUGUUUGGCUGAUCAGUUAGCCAAUGUCAAUGAUAGAAAUGGAAGCCCUUCUGCUAAAAUAGGUAUUUCUUCUCUUGUAUCUGGGGAAUUUUCUGAAGGGCAAUUCGAGGAUGCAGGAGCUGAGCUUUCAAGUAUUCAAAGUGUUAAAAGUGCAACUCUUCCAGUUACAGGCAGUUUUGAUAUGUUGGAAAUGGACUGUAAACCUCAUGCUUUAUUCUGUUCAGAAAGCAAGUUAAAGGCAUCAUUGUUCGAGGACUGGAUAACUCUUGGUCCUUCUAGGCAUGCUGAUAAUAUAGAGACAGUUACUAGAGAUGAUGACGAUAAUGACACUGGGUGCACUCAAGCUGCCACUACAGCGAAGGCCUUUAGGCUGCCAUCAGAUGUGGCAGAUCAAAGAAUUAAGAACCUGUCUGCAGGCAGACAUUGGAGAGUAUCUCCAAAUUUGAAUGGUGGGGCUUCCUUUAAAAAUGAUGGGAAAAGAAGAUCAUUUUUUCAUAAUGGGAGAACUAGUUAUACUCGUCAAAGAUCCCAGAGGAUCUCUCCUUUCAACAGAAGGAAGUUGUUUAAUCAAUUCCCAUUCUCUGUGCCUGAUCGAGGGUUUCAGUUUGAAGACAAAUUUAAUUCUGCUGACAAGAGAAGCAAUUGUGACAACUGUACAGCAGCUGUUGGAGUGGCUUCCUCAGUUGCAAGACGACAUCUGCUAACUGGACCCAGAGGCCGUAAUGUGAAGCUCCGUAUCAAAUCCUUCAAGGUUCCAGAGCUCUUUGUUGAGAUUCCUACAAGUGCUACUGUUGGUUCACUGAAAAGGACAGUCAUGGAGGCACUAACUACUGUACUGGGAGAUGGCUUGCACGUUGGUAUAUUUCUUCAAGGCAAGAAGGUUAGAGAUGACAGCAAAACUCUAUUUCAAACUGGUAUUUCUCAAGAUCACAAGCAUCGUAAUUUGGGAUUUGCGUUGGAGUCCAGACAUGCACAAAUUAUACCACCUCCAUGCCCAGGAGAGCAGGGGCUAACAAGGCAUGCAACAUCUUUGACUCCAGAACCUGGGACUUCUAGUGUCUCUCUUGUUCCUCCUUUGACAAAUUGGAACAGUGGGGCUGAAAGCGACCUUCACUUAGUUUCCUCUCUUUCCAACAUAUCAGCUGAUAGCACUAUUCCAAAUUCCCAAUCUCUGGUGUCAAUCCCGGCAAUUAGGGUGGAGACAUUGGCUGUGGUUCCCUUUCAUCAUAGACCUGGGUGUCAUGAAUUUGUCCAGCGUCGCAUUAGAAGACUGUUUUCUGUUGCGGAAGUAGAAGCAUUGGUUCAGGCAGUUGAGAAACUAGGAACUGGAAGGUUACUUUUAGGAUUAUCAUUUGUUGAUGAAUAUUUGAUUGCAGGCUUGCUCUGCUCCGGAUCCUUAGCUUCUUUCAAAUUUUGUAGGUGGCGUGAUGUCAAAUUGGGUGCUUUUGACAAUGCAAAACAUCGUACAUAUGUGGAUUUGAAGGAUAAGUGGAAGACAUUGGUCCAUACAGCAAGAAUCUCCCCUCAGCGAAGGAGGGGAGAACCUGUGCCACAGGAGCUUUUAGACAGGGUCCUAGCUGCCCAUGCCUACUGGUCCGGACACCAGGCCAAGCGACAGCUCAAAUAAGCUGUCUGAGGUUUUACUAGGUCUCUGGUCAAUGUUGUAAAUCUGUGAUGUAAUGAAAUUUCUGUAAAUGAAAAUUAUGUAGCAUGCAACCGAAUUGCCUUCGUUGGAUAGAGUUUGGUUCCUUGUAGAUAGCUUUAAGUUAAUUUGCCGACAUUGUUUCCUUAUUUUGUUCUAACGUGAAAUAUUAAUAAAAUAUCUUCAUGAAAGAACUCAUGAAAUUCUCUCUGUUGUCUUCAAAACAUUCUUCUCAUUCUUCUUUUUGGAUAAAGACCAAGUAGAGAUCGAAUUCUGGUGCUGACAAUAGUGGGAAAUGAGACUAAAAUUUUGAUGCCCUGCAGGAUAGAUGUUACAUGAUGAUGUGAAUAAAGUGCCAUUGGGGUGAAAACAGAAUGAAUUUACUUCUGGCAGCUG